AUGACCGUAACAGCAUUCCCAACAGAGGGCUCUCCAGACCUCGCCCUCCUAAAUGUCGCCCGUCUAUUCACCCGCCUGGAACACAACCUCCUCUCACCAGGCACAGACCGACGCUCCCUCCAACAAUCCGAGUACCAGCGCAUGCGCAUAAACAAAAACGUCGAAUAUGCUCGCACCCUCCUAACCCAGCUCGAACGAACAAUCCCAAGCCUCAAACCCCUCGACCGCAAACAUGAAGCCCAAGCCGAGAUCGCGCGCGAUAGACAGCUCCUCAAGCGGAUCCAAUCGAUUCUAGAUGAAGAAGAUGCAAAGGCACAAUUGAAACUAGAACAGGAGGAGGACGAUGACGACGACGAAGGCCAAGACGGCAACGAUGAAUGGAAUGAGCUAUUCUCCAAGCCCAUCUCCCAAGAGAAAGUCAAUACCUCUACCCCUCCACAAAAGAUGCCACCCGCGCCAAUUCACACAACGGAACCGCAGUGGGAUGAGAUGGAUGAGGGGCAUUCGACAUCGGCUCCGUCGCUUGACACCUCCGGUCCGAGUAUUACGCUUACGGAGCCGACGCCUACGUCUGCCACUGCUUCCUCUGGCCUUCCUACUUUAAGGAACCGGCAUACUUCUUCGACAUCUACCUCUACUUUUACAGCUGCGGCUGAGAGACCGACGGCUACAACGACGAGUAGCAGUACCAAUACGAAUUCGCAAUCGAACUCAACCACAGAAAGGGACCUUAGUACCCAUCGGCUGGAACAGGAGGAUUUAACCAGUUCAUUGUUGACCCUAGCGUCACAACUGAAAUCAUCGUCGAAGACGUUCCAGUCUACGCUUGAAGGCGAGAAGUCCGCGCUUGAUAGGGCUGUCUCUGGGAUUGAUCGGACGAGUACGACUAUGGAAGCUGCUGGGAAGAGAAUGGGGUUGUUGAGGAAGAUGACAGAGGGAAAGGGGUGGUGGGGCCGGAUGAUGCUCUAUGCUUGGAUCUUUGGAUUGUGGGUUAUUGCGAUUUUGAUUGUUUUUGUUGGACCCAAGUUGAGGUUCUAG